AUGGCGGGGAAGUGGGGGCAGCAGGACAACCCCUUCGAGGAGGUCGAGAUCGAGGUCAACCCUUUCUCGCAACCACGCCCGACCCCGCUCCCUCACGAACCAGUUAACUUCUACAAUGACAUCGGUGCACCUGUCAAUAUGCCUCUCGAUACGAAAAAGGACCUGAAGAAAAAGGAGAAAGAACUUUUGGCUAAAGAGGCUGAGCUGAACAAGAGAGAACAAGAAAUAAAAAGAAGGGAAGAUGCUCUUGCAAGAGCCGGAGUUCUUAUAGAGCCUAAAAAUUGGCCUGCCUUCUUUCCUGUCAUCCAUGUGGAUAUUUCAAAUGAUAUACCCGUGCACUUGCAGCGAGUACAAUAUGUUGCAUUCGCAUCGCUCCUAGGUUUGAUCAUAUGCCUCUUCUGGAACUUUAUAUGCGUCACUGCUGUUUGGAUAUUAGGGGACGGUCCUAAGAUCUGGUUCCUCGCCAUCAUAUACAUUAUUACUGGAGUCCCAGGUGCCUACUAUUUGUGGUAUCGACCUCUCUAUCGUGCGAUGAGGAAAGAGAGUGCUUUCAGAUAUGGAUGGUUCUUCAUGUUCUAUUUUUUUCACAUUUGUUUCUGCAUAUUCGCAUCUGUUGCGCCAUCGAUUCUGUUCUUGGGACGUUCAUUGGCAGGAAUCUUUCAAGCACUGAGCGUAAUACCAUACAGUGCUACAGUUGGGAUAUUCUACUUCCUCGGUUUCACCUUGUUUGUCCUGGAAGCAUUGCUAAGCAUAUGGGUCAUGCAGAGAGUAUACCGGUAUUUCCGCGGAAACGGGAAGGAGGCGGAGAUGAGGCCUGACGCGGCAUCGCGGCGUCCAUCGUUUUGA